GACGGAAGUGCGGGAAUGUUUUGAACUCGCGAGACUGACGUACGUCCGGAAGGAUUUAUCGGAUAAAUUUUCCACUUUUACCUCCCCGUUACUCGCUUUCUGCGCCCUACGGAUCCCCAGGGAGCGGAAUUUCCUGAUGUGGGCCGAGCAGACGAAAAAGGACUUCCAAAAAAUGUCCUUCAUCGACAGCAAGAGGACGAACCGUUGGGAGCCCCCGGCGACCGAGGAAGAGUUGAAAAAGCGGUACCGGAAAACCGUGGAGUACGCGCGGAAAAUGCAGAAGUUUGUGCAGGCGGUCACCCUAUCAAAUGUAAAAAUGUCUGGGUCUGGAAGAUUGCCAGGCUUGUCAUGCACAUUGUGCGUGACUCCUGAUGUCUGUGAUGCAUGCCCUAGCAGCACAGAUUUUGUGAGGGCUUCCUGAUGCCUAUGCCGCAUGACAAAUGCUCUUUCCGUGUAGCAAAACUUGGACUCUCUUUGCUGCUCAUGCAAUGCAGAUUUUUUUAGAAUCCAAAAUCAGCAUGACAAGUUGGAAUUCCAGACCCAGACAUUUUUACAGUUGAUACACACCGCAGGAGCUGGACGGAGAUCCGUACGCGAGCGAGGAAACUAUGCUGCAUAUCCACAGUAAAUUUCCUGUACACGUACAAAUGCAGCCACUGCAUGACAAAACUUGCCUUCAAUCCUAGUCUAGCAUGACAAGGUGGACACUGCAAGUUAGCGAAAUUUGUCAUGCAUUUUGUACAUGUACACGUACAGGAAAUUUACAUUGCAUACUGCAGAGGUUGAAAAACACAAUCACCGGCGGUGGCGAGGACGCCGCACGGGCGCGGAGAGGAACAACUUCUGCGAGAAGUAGUGCUAACUCCGGGAAGAACAGUGGUGGGCAGCUGUUGAACCACGAGUACGUCGUGGAUGUGGACGACGAAACGGUUUUCAGAUCAAUUAUGGCGUUCUCAAACGUUACAUUCUCAACUGUUUACAUGAUUUGUCGUGCAAAAUGAUCAUCAAGAUCCACACGAUCAAGCGGCUUCGCAUGACAAAUUUGCGAAUGGCUAAACAGCACCCAAAUCUGUUCGGAAUUUGUAGUGCUACAGAUGCAACCUCCCCCCUUUCACUUUUCCCAUUCUUGCAUGACAAAUCCAUGUAACACUUGAGAAUGUAACAGUUGAGAACGCCAUAUCAAUUUUAAGAGAGCGUCCGGACACGAACGGCGCGAUCUGGGACGAAAUUUGGAACCCGUACGGGGACUUUGAAAUGGACGUGGUGAGUGGGCGAGAAAAUCAAAAAACGAGCUCCAAAGGAUCGGGGAAGAAAGGAGCGGGAACUACAAGUGGAGGAUCUUCUUCCUUCGCGGAAAAUGGUCAGCAACAACCACCGCAGGCCACCCAGCAGCAGUUUUAUGACCAGGCUUACUCGAACCGGAACUAUGACAGUGAAAAUUUGAAAAUCAACGUGGAGCAGCAGCUUCGGUCCACGCAACUGAACAAGAUGCUGAAGCCGAAGAAAAUGCCCCGGGACCGCCUGUUUCUCUUCGUCGACUACGAGGAUUUGCACCGACAGCUGGCUUAUCAAAUGCAAAUAUGUCUGGGUCUGGAAAAGGUCAUGCUGUUUUUGCAUGACACAGAAGGUCUGGCAUGGAAGCCUUAGCAUGACAGAUUUCGAGAAUCUUUCGCAUUGCCUAAUCCGCAUGAAAAAUCCCCCACUUUGGUGACAGGAAAUGGGCAUCUUUUGCUGCCUCUGCAUGAGAGAUUUGUUUGUGUUGCGAAAUGCGCAUCACAAGUUCGCAUCCUUCCAGACGCAGACAUAUUUGCAAUGCAUAUUGCCGAAGCGGGAUGGAUCGCGUGGAGCGACAGUUCUUUGACGGGACACUUGUGGAAUCUGGAGGACCCCGACCAUGCGCGGUACUGGGACAACGAUCUGGAAGGCUAUCAAAUGCAAAAAUGUCUGGGUCUGGAAGAAUUCAACUUGUGAUGCUGAAUUUGAAUUACAAAAAAAUCUGUAUUGCAUGGGCAGCAAAGGGAGCGUAAUGCCUGCUACGCGGGGAGGGCAUUUGUCAUGCGGAAUAGGCAUCAAGAAGCCCUCAAAAAAUCUGUGAUGCUAGGGCAUGCAUCACAGACAUCAUGGCUCAUGCAAAAUGUGCAUGACAAGUCUCAGAACCUUCCAGACCCAGACAUUUUUACAUUUGAUAAAGGCCCCGACAAGACGAAUACCGGGGACAACACGGCGGAUUUCCAGAAGUUCACGUAUUUGCCGAAGCAUGUCGAUCUGGCGGAGCGAGCGAACCAGAUCGAGGACAUCAUUUUCGGCCCGAUCGUCUGGGACACGUCGAUCAGUGGCGGCAGUAGUUCAUCGGGCUUGCUGGCGUUGCAACAACAGAAUCUUUAUGCAUUGCAAAAGUAUCGUACUAGUAUAAAAAUAAAUCGCAAUACAAAUUUUUUCAGAAGGAAAAAUGGAAUUUGUAAUGCUGAUUUCGCUAAAGAAACAAGAUUUGUCAUGCAUGACUGGUGCAAUUAGUUGUACGAGUGCGGUACUUUUGCGCAGGAUAAUCUUCAAAACAGUUUGAUGCCGGGGAUGACACCCGCGAACGCGGGCGGGUACGAUUUGUCGAAGUUUAUGGGCAACUCGAAUCACCCGGAAACGCCCUUCCACCUGCCAGAGUCGCCGAAUUUCGGCUUAGGUUCCACCACGUUCUCCCACCAGCACACCGUGGACCAGUACACGUUUUUACCGCGGAGAAGCUUGAAAUUCGAACCGCAUUCAGCUUUACCCUCCGCUUCCGGGGAGAAACUCCGGGUGGUGGCGGCCAAGCCAGACUCCUCCGUUUCCGCGACGUUUGGCUUAUUUCCGGAUGAGGCUGAUGAGGAUUUGAUCUCGGAAGCGCUGCAUGCGCAGGAGAUCAACAUGAAGACCGGGGUGGACAGUAAUGGAAACCCUGUGCAUGAAAAGCAAAAACUGUCCAACGACCUGCGGCGCGAAAAGCUGAACUUGAUGACCUGGCGCAGUGCGGGGUAUAGGGUUUUGCGCUGCGGGAAGACCUUUCUCCAGUACGUGUAUCAAGUGCAAAAAUGUCUGGGUCUGGAAGAGUGCGCGAUUUGCCGUGCUGCUUUUCCAUGGCCCGCGAGGUCUGGAAUGCAGGACCUAGCAUGACAGAUUCUGCGAGACCUUUCUAAUGCCUAUCCUGCAUGACAAACUACCUCCUGGCUUCGUCAAAACUGGACGACUUUUGGUAAUCAUGCAACACAGAUUUUUGCAUGCUGCAGAUUUAGCAUGACAAGGUGAAAAUCGGUUUGCUAUUCUCGAGGUCAUGAGCCCUGCAGAUCUUCUGCAGGAAAUUUGUGACGCCGCGGCGCAUAUCCUUGCGGGAACGUAUUGAGCCCUUCAAGUAUAUUCGCCCUAUUUUUGCAUGCGCGGCGUGGGGGUUUGGAAUUGGUGUCGGUCUGUCAUUUGCUCUCAUUCGGUCGUGGGGCUUCACAGAAAGAUACAGGAAUCGUACUCGCGGGCGGGGAAAAAUUGCAUAUGGGGCUGUAGAUGUAGCUGUAGUCUGUGUAGAUCAUCAUCACUUCCUUUCUAGUUUCCUUACAAACCCUGAUAGACUGUUAUGUAGAAUGCAUGAGCACGUUUAGAAGAAAGAAUGGCGCAGAGAGAGCAGUUGAGAGAGCGGAGGAGUGAGCAGCAUGAGCGAGCAGCAUGAGCGAGCAGCGCCGCGGCAGUGCCCGCGGAACGAAAGCCGACGGGACCCGGCCCAGAAGCAAAAACUAGCAAAAGCCAAAAAGAACAAACCGCCGGGGGCCCCAUGCCAUUCGUCUUCGGCAAGCCGGGGGGCCACAGCCCGGCAGUAGUAGCAGGCGGCAGCAGUAGCAGUGCACUAACUAGAUACUAGCUUAAAGGGGUCUUAGCGCAAAGAAAGAGGGGCAAGUCCAAGAGGCUUUUGCAUGGGGUCCACUGGUCACCGUUUCGCGCGAGCCAUUCGGUGGACGACUGACCCCGCCCCAUUUAGAUAGCCGCUAUGCGGGAGCUUUGUAAAAACUGGACUUCGUCCGUCUCCGGGUGGCGUGCCCGGGGUUCAGUAUAAAUAAAUUUGCCCGGGAAAAUACCACGCAGCGGUGCAUUCUGGCUUUCUUGUAUGCCAGUCGGGGUCUACCCUUUCUCCACGUCGUCAAAUGUGGUUAUUGGGUUCAGUUGGCAUGUGUCAGGGGGUUCCUGUCUUUGGCAUUUCCCGGCUCCUCCCAUGGGUUCACUUCGAUGAUUGCCGCCGGGGACGUUCUUAUGCAGUCAGCCGGAUGACUGUGACCUGGCUCGUACUGUGAACGCAGCUGGAUGACUGUGACCUGGCUCGUCUUCGAUGGGCAGGCGGAUGACUGUGACCUGUCUCGCCCAUCAAGAUCCCUAAUCCGUAGCUCCUAGACGUUGCCUGGCCCGCGAAUGACUCCACGGCAGCCGGAUGUCCGUGACCUGGUUAUAAAGGGCUUCGUCGAUCGAUUGUGCCACUAGGGCCUUGUGUUCCGGCUACUCCGGAUCGCAAUCGAUGGAGGGCGGGACCUGCACCGGCGACAGGCGCUAUCCAACCAACCAACAAGUUGCAAUCUUCCAGACCCAGACAUUUUUACAUUUGAUAACGUCGCCGAAGCGGCGAUUGUGACCGCGGAACGGUCGUUGCUGAUCGCGUGUGCGUAUCCUGUGCAAAAGUAUCGUACUCGUAGUAAUUGCAUUUAUGCAUCACAAAUUUCUUUUUCAAGGUAAAUCAGCACUACAAAUUUAAUUUGUAAUGCUAAGUCAAUUUGUCAUGCAAUUCAUACUAGAACUAGUGCGAUACUUUUGCAAUGCAUAGUGCGGAAAUUGACGAGAAGCGCAAGGUCUUCGACGCCGCGAGGCUGUUGGAGCGCAUCUACCUGAAGUUAGACGUGGUCACCUCGGCCGCGCACCUGUUGGAAUUCGCGGCGCGGGAGAGGGGGAUGCCGCCGCCGAAGCACGCGGCGAGCAACGCGGAGACCUUUGACGAGUUUUUUCAGGAACGGAGUGUGUACGGUUCCGCGGGUGCGCGGAACAAGCAGAAGGAAGCGGCGAAACGGUCGAACGAGGUGAAAAUGCAAGACGAAAGGGUGGAGAACGCGAAGGAGGAUGUGGUUUUGGCAGCGAAAAAUGCGAAUGUUGCGGCCUCACCAGAAUCCACUAGUCGAGUUGGGCCAGAAAGUGCUCCACCUGCAGCUCCAACAUCCGUGUGGCGCGCGACGUCUAAAACAUCAAAUGACGGCUCUGCUGCCAGUCGUGAUGGUGGUCCUGCUCUUGUUGCCGGAGGAGCGGGGGGAGGUCAAAGUAGCCCAACACCAGGUGCAACUGGAGGUUCUUCAACAGGAACACCUCCUGCCGGUGGUACUGCAACGGAACCGGCCGCCGCCGCAGUUCCGCCACCGUCAACGCCAGCCGAAAAAGCGGCCGCAGCAAAGCAGCUCGGCGCCGCAGAAAAACCAGAAGAAACUGCAGGAGCAGCAACUGGGGCACACCAGCACCACCACAACCGUCAUAACCACCAUCGCGCCGAUGGCAUUGCCAGGAAAAAUGCCGAACCAAGUGGGGAUCAUCUUGACACAGCGACGUUGAGUCACGUUCGUGAGCAACAUGAGCAUGACAAGCACCAACAUAACCCCCAUGAGCACCACAAGCAUCACAACGCUAACGACGAGGACUCAGACGAUACCGCAGGGACAGAUUCUGAGACCGAUUCCGAUGUGGACGAUAUCAAAUGUAAAAAUGUUUGGGUCUGGAAAAAUGCAAGUUUGUCAUGCUUGUCUGGCAUGAUUCGAGAAUCUGUGUUGCAUAGGCACGAAAAGACGCUCUUGCCUAUCAUGCAAAAACGCUGUUUGCCAUGCGGAAUACGUAAGACAUGGCAGCCAAAAAAUUUGUCAUGCAUAGGAGCUGCGUACUGCAGUGCGUCUAUCAUUCAUUUUUAGCAUUACAAGUUUCCAGACCGAGACACUUUUGCACUUGAUAGACGAGCACGGCGAGAAAAUCGACUACGACAGAACAGACAACUAUCCAGGAAAAAACACCCAUCCCCAUCCAUUUUUUGCAUGACAGAUAGUGGAUUUUAUGCAUGCUCUGCAUGACAAAUUGGAUGGGGAUGGGUGUUUUUUCCUCGAUAACAACGGCAAAAAGGUCCACACACAGGAGCAGCAGCCGGCGGCCGAGGCGCUUGCGCCGAGUGGAGGCGGUGCGGGAUCUACUUCGGGAUCUUCGCCUACAACCUCUGGUGCAUCUGUGCCUCGUCCACCGCCACAAGAUGGAACUGCAGGAACAGGAAUAG